AACUUGACGUGGCGCCUGUUCCGUGUCUUGUGUGGAAAACACCCAGGAGCAGGAGCGGCAGGAGCGGGACUGCGAGCCAGCCGAGGCGACUUUGUAAGACCCGACUCCCGGUUUCCUCCAGGCCGAGGCUGCGGUGGCCUGAUGACACCCACUGUCCCCCAGUCCGUCCGCGUGGAGGAGCCGAAGCGUGGAUGUAACGUGACGCUGCACCGUCAGGCCAUGUAAGAUGCAACCAUGGAAGGCAAAAAAUCAGAAUGCUGCCCGACCCUGUGGAACAACGGACGCAGAGGAAGCCAUAAAAAUAUAAACCUACCUGAUGCAGUGUUUAAGAAUUCAACAGCUCUGACAUGGUCCACAGCUGCAGAGUACAAAGGGGGAAAGGAGCUGGUCCAGCAGUCCCACAUGUAAAGCUGAAUGAGGAAACCAAAAGGGCACGUUCUCUGGAUCACGUUGCUGAGUAGGCGGGCUCGAUCUGUGCCUAUGACACAGGACUGAGUGAGUCAACAGAGCUGGAUCGAGUGACCACGGACGCAGCUAUGUAAGAAGACAUCUGUCCAGUGCAGAGGUCCAGACAAUCAACACGCUGCUGUGAUUCAUGCCACAUAUGUGGGCUCUCAGGGGAGCAUGGUGGUUACUUAGCAGAUGAUGUAUACCUGAGAGUUCUCUCAGCGUUGGAUCGACUCCUGUGGGACAACAAACAGCUUUUCACUUUUUGAUUUAAGAGAAAGCAGGAAACAGACGCUGUGUGAAUGUUCGCCAUGCCUCGGAACCGAGCCUUUUCUGAACCAGAGUACUCAGCGGAGUACUCAGCGGACUGCUCCGUGACAUUGCCGUCCGACCCCGGGCAGGCUGUGGGGCGAACACAUGAGGUCACGGUUCGGAGCUCAGGAUGCUGCCUCUGUCUGCCGCGGUUUAUGCGCCUCACCUUCACACCAGAGUCCCUGGAGAACCUCUACCAGACUUACUUCAGGCGGCAGAGACAUGAAACCCUGCUCGUGCUCGUCGUGUUUGCUGCUCUCUUUGACAGCUACAUCAUCGUCAUGUGUGCGGUGGUCUACACCACUGACAAGCUGGCUUCUGUUCUAGUGGCAUCAGUGGGACUGGCAGCAGAUAUUAUCCUCUACCUGCUGUGCCGCUUCAGCCUGCUGCCAGACCGCAUCUCCAGACGGGUGGUGCCCUACGCCCUGUGGGUGCUCAUAGCAGCUCAGAUAUUCUGCUAUCUGGGUUUAAACUAUGCUCGCUUCCACCAGGCCAGCGACACUGUGGGCUGGCAAGCUUUCUUCAGCUUCUCCUUCUUCCUGACUCUGCCUCUGAGGCUGACGCCCAUCGUGCUCAUCACUGCUGUAUCCUGUGGGGUCCACACUCUCGUUCUGGGUGUCACCAUUGCCCAGCAGCAGCAGGAGGACAUCCAGGCGGCAGCACUUGGCAGACAGCUGCUGGCCAACAUUGUGAUCUAUGUUUGUGCCAUCACUGUGGGUGUCAUGUCAUACUACAUGGCUGACCGGAAGCAUCGGAAGGCCUUUCUGGAGGCAAGACAGUCACUGGAGGUCAAACUCAACUUGGAGGAGCAGAGCCAACAACAGGAACGCCUGCUGCUUUCCAUCCUCCCAAAGCACAUAGCUGACGAGAUGCUUCAGGACAUGAAGAAGGAGCCCAGUCAGAAAGAGAUGCAGCAGUUCAACACUAUGUACAUGUACAGACAUGAAAAUGUCAGUAUUCUGUUUGCAGACAUCGUGGGCUUCACCCAGCUGUCGUCAUCCUGCAGCGCUCAGGAGCUGGUCAAACUGCUCAAUGAGCUCUUCGCACGCUUUGACAAACUGGCAGCAAAAUAUCACCAGCUGAGGAUCAAGAUCCUGGGAGACUGCUACUACUGUAUCUGUGGGCUGCCAGACUACAGGGAGGACCACGCUGCCUGCUCCAUCAUGAUGGGCCUGGCCAUGGUGGAGGCCAUCUCGUACGUCCGAGAGAAAACCCAGACAGAUGUUGACAUGCGGGUCGGAGUGCACAGUGGCACAGUCUUGGGAGGAGUGCUGGGUCAGAAACGCUGGCAGUACGAUGUCUGGUCCACAGAUGUCACUGUGGCUAACAAAAUGGAAGCAGGAGGGAUACCGGGUCGUGUCCACAUCUCACAGAGCACCAUGGAGUGUCUUCACGGCGAGUUUGACGUGGAGCCAGGGAACGGAGGGGACCGCUGCGAUUACCUGAGGGAGAGGGGCAUCGAGACCUACUUGGUGGUGGUUCCUAAAGGACCUGUGGGAAAGAGUGGCAUCAAUGGUGUCAAGUUGUCUGUAACCUCCUCCAACGGAAACUCGCCGCUGUUAAUCAACACCACAGAGUGUAACGGCAAUGCUAACACAGCCUGCACCACACCGGAGGAACCAGAAGAACUGGACACAAGGGUGGUGAAUCCGUCUUUCCCAAACCCUCGGAGAAGACUGCGGCUGCGGGACCUGGCUGAGAGGGUGAUUGAUGCUCAGGAGAAUGAACAGGAGCUCAACAAACUACUCAACGAGGCCCUGCUGGAGAGAGAGACAGUACAGGCGGUCUUUCCCAAGAAGCUGGUGUCUUUUUCCACCUGGAUUGACCACACCCGCUGGGCUCGCAACACCUGGGCCAUGGCAGCCAUCUUUAUCCUGACCAUGGCAGACAUCGUGGACAUGCUCAGUUGUCUGCCUCGAGUCCCAGACUCAGGCGGCGCCACCACAGCUCCCUCCUCCGCUCCUUCCUCCUCCUCCACUUGGUCUGGGCCUCACGGAUGCCUGGAAAACCCCAAAUAUUACAGCUACAUUGCUGUGCUGGCACUGAUGGCUACCACCAUGCUGGUUCAGGUCAGUCACAUGGUCAAGCUCACACUGAUGCUGCUCAUCACUGUGUCCACUGGCAUCGUGAACAUCUACAGCUGGAGGGACAUCUUCGACCGCUACGACACGGCCCGCUUCCAGGACUACAGGUCAUACCUGGUGCCUUCCAAGUUCACAAUGACAACUAUGAUCUUCAUUAUGAUGGUCAGCUUCUAUUAUUUCUCCAGACAUGUGGAGAAGCUUGCCCGCACCCUGUUCCUGUGGAAGAUUGAGGUCCAUGAGCAGAAGGAGAAAGUAUACGAGAUGAGGCGCUGGAAUGAAGCACUGGUGACCAACAUGCUGCCUGAACACGUGGCUCGACACUUCCUGGGCUCCAAGAAAAGGGACGAGGAGUUGUACAGCCAGUCCUACGACGAGAUUGGAGUCAUGUUUGCCUCAAUCCCCAACUUCUCUGACUUCUACACAGAGGAGAGCAUCAACAAUGGAGGGAUUGAAUGCUUACGCUUCCUCAACGAGAUCAUCUCAGAUUUUGACAGUCUGCUGGAUGAACCUCAAUUCCGCUGCAUUACAAAAAUCAAGACCAUCGGCAGCACCUACAUGGCAGCAUCAGGCGUCACCCCAGAUGUCAGCAAUGGCUACACUUGCAUGAAGAAGGAGGAGCAGUCUGACAGAGAGCGCUGGCAGCACCUGGCAGACCUGGCUGACUUUGCUCUGGCUAUGAAGGUCACACUCAUGAACAUCAACUACCAGUCAUUCAACAACUUCAUGCUACGCAUCGGUCUGAACAAGGGUGGAGUGCUAGCAGGAGUGAUUGGUGCCCGCAAACCCCACUAUGAUAUCUGGGGCAACACUGUGAAUGUGGCCAGUCGCAUGGAGUCCACAGGGGUGAUGGGAAACAUCCAGGUGGUGGAGGACUGCUACAACAUCUUGAAGGAGUACGGCUUCCGCUUUGUGAGGAGGGGGCCCAUCUUUGUGAAGGGAAAAGGGGAGUUGCUCACUUAUUUUCUAAAGGGAAGAGACAAACAAGGCUCAUUUAUCAAUGGCUCCUCUGUCACUCUGCCACACCAGGUGGUGGACAGCUAAGGACCACACUCACAUACAGCACAUCCACCGUGUGGUUAAUGCAGAGAGGUGCCAGAGGACUUGACCUGACCUGAACUUCUGUUUACAGCUUAAAUUUAAAUACUACUCACUCACACACACACCGGUCAUUACUGAACACAUACAUGAUCACUGUCAGUGGAAAGAUAUAUGUGCCAGUAGAGUUUUGUAUUGGAAAUUAAAUGUCAUGUUCAAGUUGAACCACUGAAUUCCCAAUAUGGAUCAUGAACUUUAAAAGAAAUCACAUUUUAAAAAAAGGAGCACCAGAUGUAUAGAUCCAGGUAUUCCAUUCAAUUGAAAAAUGAUAUAAAGUAAUCACGUGGGCUGAUUCAAGUGUCAUCAGGCAACCUAGUCCAGUGAUGGCCACAUCUUUUCCUUCAUCUGCAGUUGCUCAUAAAAACUCAAAAAGUACAAAUAACCCUCGCAGAAAGAAAACCUGGAUUUUCACUCGAUGGUGAUAAUAAGAGUAGACAUAAUGAAAUGGCAGAAGUAAAUAUGGAGUAAGUUGGAAGACUGUAGCAUGUUUUCACAUUCUGCUGUGAUCAACGCUCUAUACCCCACUGAGUGUUUCCUCUCAUACAAACAAUUCAUAAUUCAUCCCAAACAUUUCUACACUUCUCCAUCCAUUGAUUCAUUUGUGACCACAUCUUGAUUUUCUAUUUAGUUUUUUUCUUCAAAUGGGUUAGAUCUCAUUUCCUUGUAAAGCUAUAUUCUGGAUUGUCAGCCCUCCUAAAAACAUCAUUUGGUCUUUGAGAAUAUAAAUGGAGUGCGUAUGUAUUUUCAUAUAGUGCACGGAAGACACAAGCAGAGACGCACUCUAAUGUCAGGUGUGAACUGACAAACAUGGAGCUCUCCACUUGUGAUUGGAUAACUUGAGACACAUGUAUACCAAGACCUGGUGGAACAGGGCCAAAUCUCACACACACACACACACACACACACACACACACACACACACACACACACACACACACACAGCUGCAGCUACAUCUACAUCUAAAAAUAAAAAUCAGUUUCAGCAACAUUCUGCUUUAAACUGUGCAGCAGAAAAACAACCUUGUGUGUUCUCCUGUGCAGACUGACUCCUUGUCACAAACAUUUUUUCUAAAUACGAUUUCUUGUGAAAUCACUAAACGUUAACAUGACUUCUUAUCUUACAAGUUUUUGGUGGAAUUUUGUUCCUGAGUUUUGUGCACUUUGAAGUAAACAUUUCAGCAUAAGGAUUGAUUUGAAAUUAUGUAAUUUAAAUACAAUGAUGGGCUUUAUCUCUUUCCAUAGAUGCCUCUCAGACAAACACACACACACAGUGGUCCAACAAUCUCAAUUCAGGAGAUCAUUCCACAUUUGAGAACUACUUAGGUGUAGGGAUGCGUGACAGACCGAUGUGAGUUCAGAUGAUCUGACUGUGAUGAGGAGGAGGAUUUUGAAGUGGAUGAUGUGAUGAUACAGAGUGACCUCUCUCCUGCUGCUGCCUCGUUGUGGAAAUCGUGAGCGUUAGAGUGUGUGCGUGGAUAUUUGUCCACAGUGAUGAUUCUCCCUGAUUCUGAAACAGGUCAGAUCUGUGAGUAUUGUGAGACGAUUGUGUGCCUUGAAGUUGUGUAACAUGAAGGACAGCAUAUGUAAAUGGUCUGUAUUUAUUGAGAGCUUUUCUAGUCUUGAUGACCACUCAAAGCGCUUUACAGUACAGUUUUGCCAUUCACCCAUUCACCCAUUCACCCACACACACACACACACCCACACACACACACACAGACAUUCAUACUGUGCAUCCAUGUGCAGCGCUUUCUCUUUCAUACAUCACUCACACACACCUCCUGAGCCACAGAUGUCCCUCCUCUCCUUUUUGGGAGAGGGACAGAUGACUCGUGACAGAUAUAUUUUCACAGUAGAAUGAUGGAAGUGCCUAUGUGAUCACCAUCUUUUAAAUUAUUUAAUUGAUUCCACAGCCAUUUACAGACAGGGAGAAGUCUACAAGUCCUGGGUGCUAUGAAAAAGAUCAUUCUCGUUUAUAACAUCUGGGUUUUAUGGUUUAUGAUAACAGUGUAGAGUUGAAAGGGGGAUCGGGGUAACGUUGACAUCACCACAAAAUGGUUGGAAAUAAAAAUCCAGGUUAGUCAGUUUGACAGGAGUGAAAUGUCACUUCCUGCUUCUAAUCACUGCAGUGAAGGAUUAUUAACCCUAAUGUGGAUAAAGGUUGCAUCUGAGAAAUUUUAGUGAUUGGUAACUGGAAUAUCUAAUCUCAGACAUGAAUGUGGUUUGUACGGUGUCAGAGGCCUCAUAGGAUGCACCCUGUAUUAAACUGUUACCUUCUUUUGACUAGAUGAAAGACA